UGCCGGGGCCCGAGUACCUGGCUCAACAGUUUUGCAAUGAAGAGGUGGUGAUUCCUAGCAGCUGUACCGUGUCUUACAGGAGGUGGUUGCUGGAGGGACUUGAGCAGUGAAGUCGGUCUGUGUGUGGUCUGAGGAUGUGUGUGCAAACUGAAAGAGGCUCAAAGACAUGUCCUCACGUACAUGGAGGAUGCAGUGAGCCAGCUGUUGGAGAACAGAGAAGAUAUUAGUCAGUAUGGCAUUGCCAGGUUCUUCACUGAAUAUUUUAACAGUGUGCGUCAAGGAACACACAUUUUGUUCCGUGAGUUCAGCUUUGUCCAAGCUACCCCUCAUAACAGAGCAUCUUUUCUUCGGACCUUCUGGAGAUGUUUCCGAACAGUGGGGAAAAACGGAGAUUUGCUGACAGCACAGGAAUACCACUGCCUGCUGCAGCUGCUCUGCCCUGACUUUCCAAUGGAACUCACUCAGAAAGCAGCAAGGAUUGUGCUGAUGGAUGAUGCUAUGGAUUGCCUGAUGUCUUUUUCUGAUUUCCUCUUUGCUUUCCAGAUCCAGUUCUACUACUCAGAGUUCCUGGAAAGUGUUGCUGCCAUUUAUCAAGAUCUAUUGGCUGGUAAGAAUCCAAAUACUGUGAUCGUGCCAACAUCAUCCUCUGGGCAGCAUCGGCAGCGACAACCCCCAAAUGACUGCAACCCACUCGAUGGGGUAGAGGCUUCUCUCUUCUGCCAGUGCCUAGAGUCCUUGUGUGACAGAUCAAAAUACAGCUGUCCACCUUGUGCUCUUGUGAAGGAAAUGCUGAGUACUGCACAGAGACUGACCUUCUAUGGAUUCCUUUUGGCACUUGCAAAGGACCAAGGGAUCAACAGAGCCCUAGGGGCUUUGCCAGAUAAAGGAGAUUUGUUUCUGGACCCUGCCAUGGAUCAGGAACUUGAGAAAUUGAUAGCUCAGGUUUCAGGGCUUGCCAUCUCUGCUCCUACCAGCUCCAGCGGGGACGCCGCUAAUUUGCCUGUCCGUCACUCACCCAGGAUUAACUCUCCCUGGAAACCUCUCCACCAUCGCCGAAAAAUGGAUGCUGAGAGUGAAGGCUCCAACGAAGAGACAGACUCCUCUGAAAACUGAAGGUUGUGAGGGUGGGCACUGGUCCCAUCUUUGGUUUGUCCAGAACUCACUGGAGGUACAGCACCUCCUCCCAGAGCAUCUGCUCUGGCCCUGGGUUAUGUCCACAUCACCAGUAUGUGCAUGGCUGUGCCAGUCCCCGUUGCCAAGUCCACCUGUCCUUUCCCAGCAAGAGCGCUGCUUUUUUUCCUAGAUCCAAAUUUGUGCCGGAGUAGCUGUUUCCAGCUGCAGAGUUCUGCUGCCAUCUGCUGGCACGUAAGAAGACAAACCAGCAGCUGCUAGAGCUGCCCGUACUUGGAAAUAGCCCGGUGUUCUCUCAACCAGGGCUCUCCCAGUUCAGCAGGUGCUGGAGCAGUGGCAGCGCUAGCGCAGGCUGGGUGCCAGUGUUUUGUUGUGUAGCUGUGUUCAGACUUGGCCUAGACAAUAGAGUGGUUAAAUCGCCAGCGGCAGCUUUGCAUUCAUGCUCCAUUGUAAUUAUUCCCAGUAAAGCUGCACCUGCAUGUGAUCAAAGGUAGAGAAAUUCCUCAAGUUCCUCGAAUAGAAGGGCUUAGGUAUUGCCUUGCCACCUGUCACAGCUUCCUCCUCCAUGAGUCUAAGACAAGCCAGAGCAAAUAAUAAGCUAGAUUUCAGUAAGUACUGCACGGUGCUUUGCAGCUCCUCCCUUCUGUGAGGCCUCCCACUGCCUCCAACAGCACGUUAAGCUCAUUUGCUGAAAGCAGACUUUGGAGAGGGGGGUGGAACAGAGAGAUGAAAAGUCUUCAGAUUGUUUGGUCACAGGUGGUGGUAUGGCCUGCAAACAUGGAGAGUAUCUGCUGGGGUUUGGUGGGCAGAAGCACUGGGGGAGAAGGAGGCAGUUUUCAGGUGAGGCCCAGGUACCUUUUGUAAAUAUUGGCAUUGUUGUAGCACCAUGGUGUGGCCUGUGCAGCUACAAAACGACGUACAGCCUCAAUGGUAACUAACUCCGCAGCUUGGCCUCCACAGCCCUGAAGAGCUGACUAGCCACACGCCUCUGUCACAGCUUGCAUGGACUAGUUAUUUCCUGAGACACGCCAAUUUCUCAUGAGCCUUUGGGAGCCUCCUUGCUCUCCCCUUCCCUAAAACACUGCACCAUGUGGGCUACUAAGAUCUGUUAACCCAAAGCUUAGCGCUGCCCUAAGCUGAGCGGAUUCAGCACAUGCUGGAACUAUUUAAAGAGUAAUCCCUUAACUACUGCUGACCUGGCUGUAGAGGUAGGGGGAGGUAUUAUUUAUUGAUUGUAAGUUAUCAGCAUGCUCUUCAACUGCACGUUCUCUCCCACCCAGCAGUGGGUAACGACCGAAGCCAGGGAAUAAAGCAUGCAGUGCAAGGCCUGGGGCCAAGCCUGAGAAACUCUGGUCUGUGCCCCGCUCCCGGGCCCCAGUGGCCUCUGGUGGGGCCCCACCACACUGACCCCGCCCGGGUGGGGCCCGCUGCCACCCCCAGCACAAAUGGCACCGUGCCCGCACCGCCCGCGCAAGCACAUUCACCCUCAGCCACUUCCACCCCCGCCACAGCCCUGGGGGCACCACAGCCCCUUUGGCUGCCGCCACGCAGCCCCCGAUGGACCAGGGGGGUCCGUGCACGUCUGGCAUAAGGUGGGGGCCCAGCCCUGGAGGGGGCGUUUGCUGACAGGAACCCACGGAAUUGAAUUGUUUUGCUCAUCCAGUUAUUUUGCAAUAGUUGCAAAAUAAGCACAGGGGGAAAGAAAAAGAAAGGCCUAUCUGAUCCUCAACUGCAUAAAGAAAAUGGAAAACAGCUCUUGUUGAAACCACACUCAGAAGCAAAGAGCCCACCUGAGUAGGACUAAGGUUACAGUCCUCAUGGGGACAGCCUCCCUCACCCCCGUCCCACUUAAGCCAGGGUUUCAGGACCUUCCCCUCUAUCCAAGUCUGGAUGGAAGAUAGGGCAGGGCAACACAAUAACCAAGGGUCCAGCAAAUAUCUUUAUAGUACUUCAUGGCCUGGGCCUUUUUUUGCUCAUGAUGUGAUUCAAAGCUAAAAAAAAUAAUCUUUGCUUGAUUUGUUCUCCCGCAUCAAUAUAUGCCGGUUUACAAGACAAUAAAAAGGAUAAUCCCAUGGUAAAAGGCAGACCCUGCAAAUACAGAGGAAUUGUGACACCAUGGCUUACCAUGCACACUAGAACCUUGCAGCUGAAAAUGCCUUACCCAUGCUGUUAACUGCUGCAGCAGCCUGCUUGGGAUCAGGCAGUAAGAGCACUGAGCAGAACAGAAAGCCACAGUCACAUCCGUGGGGACCAGGUAACAUCAUGUUCAGAAAAACAGCAUUCCCAUUUCCUCUGUCACGUGGUCAGCUAAGGGAUGGGCCAAGAAGGAUAGGAGCACUGACGAGGGCAGUCACAGGAAUUCCCACAUCUUUCACAGCAGUGAGGUUAUCCCCAUCUCCACUGGCUAGUAGAUAGCAGUGGGUCUGAGGGCACAUCGAAUUUUAAUGCAGAGUGGAAUCCAGAUAUUUGGAAAGCAUCCUGGGCACAGACAUGUCCUGCCCCCUUCUGCUUUCCUUCUCCCUUCCCCACCCACCCCAGACAAA